AUGACCAGGCCAAGGGGGCACACGGAGGGUUCCUCCUCCGUCCCGCUCGCAGACCUUGAAGAGCUCUUGCGUUUAAAAAAGGUUCUGAGCAGGAUCUUGCCCGCAGUUGAAGAGGGGGCACAUGAAGGGGCUUCUUCUCCUUUUACGGGGGCCCCAUCCCGUAGUGUGGGGGAUCCCGUAGGGGUUCCCGGGCAAGGAGCUGGAGAGAACAAUGAUAUAGAGACCGUUUUGAACGCCUUCGGUAUCUUGGAGGGCUUCCAAAUGACAAGGAGCCUUCUUGCGAAGUCUCGGAUCGGCCUGUGUGUGGGCGCCUUGCGGAGGCACCCCGAUGGCCGCAUAAAGGCGAAGAGCACCGCACUUGUUGCCAAGUGGAAGAGCGCUAUUGGUACACAAGCGUCAAAAAGCAGUGCAACAGGCGGUAGCAACAACAAAGAAAUUCCGGCAGCAACAGCAGGUCGGGGGACACCGGCAGCAGCAGCUUCAGCAGCAAGCAGCAGCAGUGCCCCUGCGCUUGAGAGCAAUUCUGCAGAGGGGAGACAGGCCCCCAAAAUGACCACAGGCCGCUACCCCGGGCCCAUUAGCGGCGACUCCACGAGAGAUAAGGCGCGGACGUUUCUCUGGAGGGCACUAGUUGAUGGCUUGGAGACGGCGGCUGCAGCGGCGGCAGCAGGAAGUGCCACGGCGGGAGAAACUGGGCGUGUUGCUGCAGCCAUUGAGGAAGCCUUGUGGUCGCGCUUUAUAGUGGACAGACAAAGCACGAAAGAGUAUAAUGCCCAACUAAAGACACUGAAGUGGAACCUGGCAGACCCGAAGAACCCCGACCUUAAUCUAAAGGUGUUAUGGGGGAUGUACACUGCAGAUCAGCUGGCCAACAUGACCAGCGCGGAGCUAGCCAGCGAGGAGAAGAAGAGGGAAAGAGAUAAACAAAAGCAGGAGAGCCUGGAAGCAUGUCAGAGCGACUGGGAGGUGAGGCGCAUGAUGAGCAGCGGCGAGGCGGCUCAAGGGCAAUUCCCUUGCUUCCGGUGUCGAACAAACAAGACAGUAUACUUUCAGAUGCAAACUCGCAGCUCGGAUGAGCCGAUGACUACAUUUGUCACGUGCCUCGAGUGCGGUAAUCGGUGGAAGUUCUAA